AUCAACACUAAUUGAUCAUCUUAGCUAAAACGAGGUUCUUCUUUCCUUGGCUUUGGCCGCUAGUUCCAUUCCUCUGUGAUGGAUCUUUCUCUGCACAGCCCUGGCCGCCAUUCCAGCGCCUGCGCCCCUCGAUCUCCACCAGAAGCAGCAAGCUAGGACGAGGAAGAAUCCGGCGCUGGCGCUCGCGAAUCAUGCCUCGAAAGCAAGGAUCGCGGCGAGCAGCGCAAUGCGGUGAGUGAUCUCCGCCUUCUCAAUGAGCCUCUGCCAUAUGGUAGCGGCCUAGGGACGAAAUGGGGGCCUUCUCCUGCGAUUCCAGCCCCGGCAAGAAGAUCAGCGGCGCCGGCCACAGCGAUCAGAUUGCUCCCGAGAAGGAAGGCGUGUCGAUCUUCUUUGGGAGGAGCUCCAUCGAGACUGUCAAGAACUUAGCGGUAAAGCGAUGGAAUUCUAUACCCAAAGAGUUCCAGGAAGAUGUGAGCAGGGCUGCAAGCCCCGGAUCGGUCGCCAGGAAGGCUGCAUUCUUCGAUCACUAUAUACGAACAGUGUCACUGGAGAAAAAGGCCGUCUCUGGUGACCAAGAACCAAUCCCGCAACUAGAAGAACACGAAGAACACGCAGAACAAGAGGAAGGAGAAGAACAAGAAGAAGAAAAAGAAGAAAAAAAGGAAGAAGAAGAAGAAAAGGAAGGAGCUGUGGAGUACACAAAUGAUCCAGAGGAGAGAAUGGAUCAAGUGGAAGGCCAUGAAGAACAAGAGCCGUUAGCGUCAGCAUUGGCAACACAGGUGGACGUACAGUGUCCGAUGGAGUCAGCUAUUUAUUCCGAGCAGCAAACAACAAUGAAUUCCAAGGAAGAAGUGGACGAAGAGUCGACAAACUCCACAGUGUUUUCUGCCAAGACCUUGCAGGCAGCAGAUUUAAGCCUGGCAAACAAAAAGACGAUUCUUAAAGGAGGAACUGGAGUGAAGAGCGAUGCCACUGCUCCCGCAAGCGUUUUAGCAGCAGCAUCACAGAGCAGAAAAACAAAAUCAGCACGCGCUAGUGCCACGGAGCAGCAGGUUAUCAACAAGUGGAAUUCAAAACAGGGACUUGUUCCGGGAGUUCGCGCACCGCAGGUGACAAGCAAAACAACGACGGAACAAUUGACAGGGAAAAAGUCUGUCGCGUCCAGCCGAGUCGCCAGCACAAAGAAUGAAAGUGCGGUGCCGCCGUCAUCGAAGGACAAGGAGAAAAGCACCAGACCGAAUGGCAGUGCUACUGGUACCGCGAACGGAUUCGCCUUCAAGAGCAACGAGCGUGCCCAGAAGAGAAAAGAGUUUAACCGGAGAAUGGAAGAGAAACAAAGUGCCAAGGCGGCUGAAAAGAGCAAGAUCCAAGCAAAGACACAGGAAGAGACGCAAGCAGAAAUCAAAGAGCUUCGGCGGGGCCUGAAUUUUAAAGCGACUCCGAUGCCUGGGUUUUACCAAGAGCCAUCCACCAAACCUGAUGUGAGAAAGGCUAAUCCGAGAGCUUCCAAGUCUCAACCUCACAACGAUCAUCCAAGCCACCAUCUCAACAAAUCGAAAGACACAGCCGCCGGAGCUCCUUCCAAACAGGGAGCAAAACAGAUAGGCGGGAGUUCUUCCUCUGCUAUCGCAGUAUCAUAACAAUCGCCCCCGAUGUUAGCGUCGAGAAACUACUAUAGCGACCGAGACAUGGUUUCUAUAAUCUCCUGGAAUAAUGAAACGAGCUACUACAUUGUUGGAGCAUCCACAUCCACCAUCUUUUCAAAAGAAAGAAUAGCAUUUUACA